AUGGCAGAACCGGCUGAAAAAUCUGGCUCGAGUCAGCAGGGCAAAUUGAAUGAUGCAAAUAACCAUGAACAUACAAAUUUAGCCGAUAGAACGACUCAAUCCCUUCUGAAUUCGUAUAUCUAUGAUUAUCUCGUAAAGAAAAACUAUUGGGAAGCAGCACAGGCAUUUGGACAAGAAGCGCAAGUCCAAACACUGGUGCGACCUGUAAGUAAUAAUUCGGCGACUUCCGAUAAGCAACCAACUUCGUCUCCGGCAAACGUUAAACGGGAAAGCCCAAACUUGAAUGACCCACAAAACCCUGAUUCUGCUAAACAAGGCUUUAAUUAUCAUGAAACAGGAAAAGAUCCUCCACCGCCUCCAGUAUUGCCAAUUGAUUCCUCAGGCGGUUUUUUAAUUGAAUGGUGGAACGUUUUUUGGGACAUUUAUAAUGCUCGCCGAGGAAGUGGUUCAGAGCCUGCCAAGGAUUACAUGUCUCAUAUCAGCAAUUUAAGGAAAAAGUCUUAUAUGAGUAUGCAGCUUUUACAAAAAAAUUCGAUGCAGUCGGGACCUCCGAACGGCAUGUGUCAGGUACCCACACCUCCCCAAAUGUACAAUGGAGACCCUAUUCAUAAUUAUGAUCCAUCGAGGAUGCCCCAUGGAAAUGGAAUGCUCAUGGAUAAAAAUCGUCAGCAACUGAUGCGUCAAGCUGUAAUGAAUAAUCAGGGUAGAGAAACUUUCCCUCCUACUGCUGCUCAGCUUCAGCAAUUGAAGCAACUACAUUAUCGUCAAUUACAAUCUCAGAAGCAGCAAGCCGAAAGUCUAAACGCGACUCAGAUUCCUCCUGUAUUUCCUACUCAAGCUUCUAAUCGCCAGUCUAAGACGCCGCCAGUCAUGGGACCUGCUACUCAUGAUUCUUUCCCUUCUACACAAAAGACUCCCGUACCAGACUUUAGAAACUAUCAAUCUCAUGGCAUUACUGACACGAAUCCUAAUCCGGCAACUGCAACUGGCGCUUCCAUACCGGGUCGGAGAUUAAGUCGGCCGCUAACACCUAAUUCUAUUCCUCAACCUCCAGCUUCUUACGAUCCUUCAUUGGCAAAUUCAGGAAACUUUAUGGUUCCUGGAAAUUCUGCUCAACCUCUGCUCCAUGAAGUGAAUUUCCAAAACAAUGGACCGUUUCAUCAAAGGCAAUUUAUGCCCUCAUACUCCAACCCCUCUUUGCAACAAACUGGUUCUGAUAAAACACCGGUACAUCCACAACGUCCUAGUGCAUCGGUACCCCAACCACAUCAGUAUGGAUUCCAACCACCGACUCCAUAUGGACAGCCAAUGCCCUACGGCAUGAAUGUUCCUCAAGCGCCGAAUAAUGUGAAUCCAGCAUUAAAAAACUAUAUGGAAGAAUUGAAAUUACUCGAACAACAAAAUAAAAGACGAUUACUUUUGGUUCGUCAAGAGAAGGAGCGCCGGAUGUAUCAAUCUACAUCACCAGAAAACAGAAAAUUUCCUGCUCAUCCAGAACUAACUACAGGAGUUCCCUUGAAUGCCAUGCCGAAACCGAAUGAAAAACAGCUCGAAAAUACGGCUGCCGACAAUAUCAUAACAAACCCUGAUGUUGCAUCAAUGGGAGCCUUAAACCGUCCAAGGGCGUCAGAAGCACGAGCUUCUCCAUAUCCUGCUGAUAAAAAUAUGUCGUUAAAUUAUACGGGCCUUAUUUCUAGCCCUGCGGAUACCGCAAUGCAAUCUCCAGAUUUUAACAAUCCACUAAAUCGCUUGGGAAGGCCAACUCACUACCGGGAUUCACCUACGGGAGCAAAAACGAAGAAACGGCGUCAGUCUAACCCGCCUACUACGGAAACACCUAAUGUAAAUCCUGCUCAAAAGGAUGAUCGAUCAGAGUUAGAAUCAGUUCCUGCUGUUCCUUCAAGUGAUGCAUUAAUGAAAGACAUUGGUUUUUCAGAUAGCGGCACAACUAUGCAAAAUGGUCAACAGUUUGAUGGAAAUCAGCCGAAUUUAAAGGAAACCGGACAACAUAGCUCUUCUAUACCAGGUUCUGUGAAUAAUUUGGAAAAGCCUUCUAAUGUCCCCGUCUUGGAUGUUUCUGGAUCUACGGAUCUUGAUGCAGCUUUAUUAAAUGAUUUUGAUUUUGACAAAUUCCUAAAAGAUACAAGUACGACAGAUGACAUUGGAUUGUUUAGUUUGCCGGAUAACUCUGACCAAACGACCGGUUAG